UGCCAUGCCUGGGAAAAUCACUGAGCUUCCACCUCCGAAAAUGGGGCCCGGCCGCCCCGAGGGAUCGUCUAAAGAGCGGCUAAAAUGGACGCAGGAACUGCACAAUCUGUUCGAGAAGGCAGUCAAUCAGCUGGGAGGUCCAGAAAGAGCAACUCCCAAAGGUAUUUUGAAGGUUAUGAGCAUUCCUGGAUUGACAAUCUACCAUGUAAAAAGCCACCUGCAGAAAUAUAGGAUGUCCAAGUUUGUUCCUGAAGAUCCCAUCAGAGGCAAGUUUGAAAUGAGAAGCAUAUCGGAAAUACUCCCCAAUUUCAGCGCAACAUCGGGUGCUCAGCUCAAUGAAGCCCUGCAGAUUCAAAUGAAUGUUUACAAGCGACUGAGCGAUCAGCACGAGGUACAGAGAAGCUUGAAGAUGAAAAUGGAAGCACAAGGAAGGUUUCUAGAGAGAAUAAUGGAGGAACACAGAAUGAAAGCAACCUGCAGUAGUAGCAGCUCCAAGCCAAGCUGCAAGUCCUAUUCUCCCAUGUCACUGCCAUCUCUCUGCGAAGAAUCCGAAUCAAACGUGAAAGACAUCGAAUCGGACUCAGAAGUGGUCGACAAGAACGAGAUCAGGUCCAAUGAAUUGUUCCCACAGCAAAAACGAAUUCGGUUUGAUGAAGAAGUCAUGUCCCAAACCUACAGCUUUGCAUCACCAUCAGGAUCAUCUCUCAUCAACAAUCUGCAGCUUCCGUUUUCGGGUAUGGAGAUGAACAACAUCCAGUGGAGUUUAAUGUCGUACCAAUCUCCCAUGUUGCCGGCUGCCAUGUAUGAUUCUCUUAUUUGAAUAAAUGAUGAUAUGUUUGCAUCUGCAAGGGAUUGAAGAACAUUUUACUACUAAUAAAACCAUAUAUACUUUAUUGUGUGUCGUCUUGAUAAGCUAAGUGCAAUUAAUAUCACCUUAGGGUUGUACUUAGUCAUCAAGAUGGAAUAUGCUUUGUAAUAUAUUUACUUUCAAGGACAUAAGAAAUUUGUGAUGUAAUUUUCUGGUAUCACAUGUUAUGUUAGUGAUGUAAAGAGGAGAGAACACAAUUUAUCAAGCA